GCUGCUCUUGUUAAGCUCAACUCAUCCGAAGCGACACCCAGAUUUGAACAGCGACCAGAGUGGGUCAUGACAGCAAAGAUUCAGGGGCUGCCAUGUUGCACCUCUGACUAGCAAACACUUGACAGGAGCCACGUCUGUAGCUUCACAAUGUUCACAUGGACCAAUAUGGACAAUGAGGAGUUCUUGAAACAUGGGAGUGGCAACAAACAUAUGCUCGCCACAUUUACUGACCACCAUGCGCUGUACUUGAAUGUGCGCGCGUGUGCUGUUCAUUGUCACCAGCAAAUUUUUCACACUAGAUGGUGCUGCUUGCGACCAUUUCCAUUUGGCUGGCUUUGAAGGCCAUGAUGUUAUGUGCAGUCGACACAUCCAUCACCAUGGGCCCGACUGCAGAAGGUGUAGAGAUCGUCUACUUUGAAGCGCUGAUUGAAGUCAAUCACACAAUCUUGUUACCAGCAUCGAGUAACUCUUUCUUUCUCGACUUAUCACUGGAGCCGCAUGCUGAACCCGACAAGACUUCAGACUUGUCUUUACAAGUGUAUGGUCAUCCGUGUGUUGAGAACCGGGGCCGCGAUUUGGAAAAUAUGUGGUGCAUCAAGAGUGAACUUGAUAACAGUCGGCAGAUGCUUUGGUCGCCCAUGGACUUCAACUGGACAAGAAUCUUCAUGUAUCUUGAUCCCGCAAUGGACCCGCAAAGCUGGAGAGAGUCAGUGGCCUUCAGUCAACCCUCUCUGAACGCCGCAUAUCACUCGAUAGACGGUGCUGCUGAAGCACUUCCACGUACAAGCUUGCGCAUCACUGCGAAAGGACUUCGAAAAGACCAGACGGAAACAAUCAGAUUCCGGAUGAAACUGAGCCAAGUGUACGUGUGGUUGAGCGAGGCAGAUCUUCAAUUCGGCAGCACGCUUCAUUGCAUGAACAAUGCAUGCUCAAAGCCUACUACCACCAAUGGCAUCCGCUGGUGGAUCGAGAGCAUGGAUCUAUACGAUAGAUCUGAGGCGGCUCUGCUGGGAUGGUGAGGUCGAAAAGAAGGCCAUUGCGAUCUGCCCUUAUUCAGCGUCCGAGUUCGACACAAAAUCCUCGAAUCAAAAAAGCAUUGAUUAUUCAUGUAUCUGAAGGACCAAUGAGCCUCAACA